GCCCUUCUCAACGCGCUUCUCUCUCCUCUUCUUAAUUCUCUCUCCUCUUUCAGAAUCUGAGCAACCGCACCCCCAAACGCUAAAUAUUGUCUCCCCCUUAACCCAAAACUAUAAAAUCAAUCUCAAAAUUAAAAAAUUUCCCCCAAAUUUCCUCUUCCCCCUCAAUAAAUUAAUUUUUUUCUUACAAUUUUUGGGUUUUAAUCUCUAGAUCAGUCAAAGUUCGAGACUUUUAUUUUGUACAGAUCUGGGUUUUUUUGAUCAAUUUUUUUUCUAUAAAUCCAAAUCAAUUUUUUUAAAACAUCUUAUCAUUAAUUGAAUUAGGUAAAAUAAAACCCCAAUCGUUUUUUAAAAAAAAAAAAUUAGUAUUGCGAUUUGAGGUUAGAUUAGGGUUGGUAAAAAAAAAGAGUAAAAUUUUAAUGGCAGAACAGUUGGGAGGGUUAGAAGGCAGCCAACCAGUGGAUGUUUCUAAGCACCCUUCUGGGAUUGUUCCUACUCUUCAGAAUAUUGUGUCAACGGUGAACUUAGACUGUAAGUUGGAUCUUAAGCAAAUCGCGUUGCAAGCUCGAAAUGCUGAAUAUAACCCCAAGCGUUUUGCUGCCGUUAUUAUGAGAAUCAGGGAGCCGAAAACUACCGCGUUGAUUUUUGCUUCCGGAAAGAUGGUGUGCACUGGUGCUAAAAGUGAACAACAGUCUAAAUUGGCCGCAAGAAAGUAUGCUCGCAUUAUUCAAAAGCUUGGGUUUCAAGCCAAGUUUAAGGAUUUCAAGAUCCAGAAUAUAGUUGGUUCCUGUGACGUUAAAUUCCCAAUCAGACUUGAGGGCCUGGCCUAUUCUCAUGGUGCUUUCUCAAGUUAUGAACCCGAGCUCUUUCCAGGCUUGAUUUAUAGGAUGAAACAACCGAAAAUAGUGCUCCUCAUUUUUGUCUCUGGAAAAAUUGUCAUAACAGGAGCAAAGGUGAGAGAGGAAACGUAUACAGCGUUUGAGAAUAUAUUUCCUGUCCUUAGUGAAUUCCGGAAGGUUCAACAAUGAUAUAUGUUUGAGAUGGGGGGGGGGGGGUGUUUAAGGGCUGUCGUGGAUGUGGCUGUUUCGGUGGAUGGUUUCAAGUGUGCUGUAAGGAGAUUAGUCGGCUAGCUGCCAGUUAUCGAACCCUUACCCUGUGGAUAAUUUUCUUCUUCUCAAUGCGGAUGCAGUAACAGGGUCAAUCAGCUCUAAUUGUAAAUACUCAUUUCAGUGGAACUGAGUUAGGGGUGGUGGAGGUGGUUGAAGUUGGCAGAGGACAUGUUCAUGUUUCAACUUUGUUAACAUCAGAAGAAGGCCUAAUAAUCUAGACAAUCACAUAAACUCCACGAAAUGCCUGUUGUUUUUAUUAAUUAUAAACUAAAAAAAUUAGUUCUGUUAAUUGUAAUUUUGAUUUCCUUGAACUCAA